CUCUGUGACUUCGUUAAUGCGUUCGUGAAUCUUUUUAUAUGAUUUCCGCUUUUUUUCCAUACUUUUUUUCCUCACACGGCCACACCCUCUCAGUGCUUUGAGAACCCACCGAGUCUGAGCUCACCUAUGGCAAUGCGUGCUCGGUGCAUCACAAGCUCUGCACGAGUGUAGUCUAUUGGGCUGGUGAGAGAUUCCGUAGUUGCUAUUGUAUUUUAUUUUACAAGUUCAGGAGUUUGAGGAUGUUGCCUAUUGAUUCAACAAAAAAGAUAUCAUUUUCUCGUAUAGUCUGUGAUGGAGAUUUGGUUAUCGCCUAUGAGAGACAUGACAACAUGAAGGCUGUUAAAGUAUGUCAGGAUUCUGUACUUCAGAACCGAUUUGGUGUAUUCAAACAUUCAGACUGGAUUGGAAAGCCUUUUGGAUCCAAGGUUUUUAGCAACAAGGGUGGUUUUAUUUACUUGUUAGCUCUGACUCCUGAAUUAUGGACUCUGGUUCUAAGUCAUAGGACCCAGAUUCUCUAUAUUGCUGAUAUAAGCUUUGUGGUCAUGUACUUGGAAAUAGUUCCCGGUUGUUUGGUUCUAGAAUCUGGGACUGGAAGUGGAUCUUUAACUACGUCACUUGCAAGGGCUGUUGCUCCUACAGGACAUGUCUACACAUUUGAUUUUCAUGAACAAAGGGCUUCCUCAGCCAGGGAGGAUUUUGAGAAGACAGAAGUGAGCAAUUUAGUCACUGUGGGAGUUAGAGACAUUCAAGGAGAAGGAUUUCCAGAGGAAUUUUCUGGGUUAGCAGAUUCUGUCUUCCUGGACCUACCCCAACCUUGGCUGGCCAUUCCUUCAGCAGCAAAAAUGCUAAAACCAGAUGGGGCUUUAUGCUCCUUCUCCCCAUGUAUUGAGCAAGUACAACGAGCCUGUGAUACUCUUAUAUCAAAAUUCACGGAUAUAAGAACAUUUGAGGUACUUCUUCGCACUUACGAAGUUCAAGAAGUGAGAAUGGAUUGCAGCCAGAGUGAUGGAGGCAACCCGGGGUCUCUUAUACGGAAGAGGCGGCGGCAUUCAGGCGAAGGAAACAAUGUGCAGGACAAUUUGAGUUCACCAACAGUCAUGGCUAGGCCAUGCAGCGAGGCAAAAGGCCACACUGGUUACCUGACAUUUGCAAGACUCAAAUGCCUCUCAUAAUUCUGCCACCCUUCCAUUUUGUAGGACAGUAAGAGUUCUUAUUCCUCUACCUAGGCUAGCGAGUUCAGUCCAGAUCUCAUGCAUGGAAUUCUUUUCGUUACUCCAAAAUUGGCCUAUUUCCAAGAAGAUGUCAAGUCUAUGUUGAAUCACCA